AUGGACGAUCAAACUAACACUGGAGAUGCGACGAUAGAACCAUUCACUCUCCACAUCCCACAAGGAGAGAUUGAUGAUUUGAAACAGCGCAUUGCCAGAACAAGAUGGGCAGAUAAAGAAGUAACUGAUGGGUCAUUUCAGGGUACAUCUCUGGAUAAGGCUCGGGAGGUGGCGAGAUACUGGAAAGACGAAUACGACUGGCGGCGAUUUGAACAAGAAGUCAACCAAUACCCUCAGUUUACAACAAAGAUUGACAAUUUGAACAUACACUUUUUCCAUGUCCGCUCAAAUGAGUCCAAUGCAAAAGCAAUUCUCCUCACGCAUGGCUGGCCAGGAUCAUUUGUCGAGUUUCUGAAAUGCAUCCCUCUGCUAGUCGAUCCUGUUUCAAAUGGCGGUCGCCCUGACGACGCUUUCCACGUCAUUAUCCCCAGCUUACCUGGCUGGGGCUUUACAGAGCCCCCAAAAGAAACUGGUUGGAAUAUGGAGCAUACAGCCAAGGCUCUCAUUACCUUAAUGGAACAACGGCUCUGUUAUGAGAAGUGGUUUGCUCAAGGUGGCGACUACGGGGCCGCGAUAACGACAUUGAUGGCACAAAUGCGACCCAUGGGCCUUGUUGCCAUUCACUUGAAUCUUCUGUUAACCAUUCCAAAGACCCUUGAGAAUCCAACCGACGAGGAGAGCAGAGCAUUGGAAGCAUUCCAUAUUACGCAAAAUGAGAUGUGCGGAUGGAAAUGGAUUUCGAGCACAAGGCCACAGACAAUUGCGUACCUUCUCUCUGACUCAGCAAUUGGUCAAGCAAUGUGGAUCUAUGACAAGUACCAAGACUGGACUGACAACGCUGGUGAUCCAGAAGACGCACUUACACUGGAUGAAAUGUUGGAUAACAUUAGUGUCCAUUGGUUUUCACGGAGUGCUGGUUCCAUAUCAAGAAUAUUUUGGGAGGAUCGACAUUUCAAUUUUGACUUUGAGCCUGUUGAAAUGCCUGUUGCUGUGCUUGUCUUUGAAAAGGAUAUAUUCAAGCACCCCAAAAAAUGGGCCGAGCAGGGUUACACAAAUAUGAUUCACUUUCACAAAGUCAACAAAGGAAAACACUUUGGAGCUUUUGAGAGGCCGGAAAUAUUAGUAAAAGAUAUUCGUCUAGGUUUUGCUAAUAGGUAG